AUGUCUGUCGAGGCCGCACAGGGCGACCACGGGCCUCACAAGGCCUAUAGUCCUGGGGAGAUCAACGAGUCACUGCGGGCUCACUCGGACUCGACGGAUGUGAAUGACUUGGAGUCAGAUGAAUUUGACAUUGACAAUAUUGAGCGUAUUUACAGGAAGCUUGAUCGGCGCAUUAUACCUGCCUUCUGGGUCCUGUACUUCAUGUGCUCUGCCAUUCGAUCUAAUGUUGGAUUGGCGCAGACCAUGAAUACCAGCUCGGGUCAUGAUCUGGCUGAAGUACUACAUUUGAAUCCCCAUCAGAUCUCGACUGGCUUGGCGUUAUUCUAUGUUUGUUAUGUGGUCUUUGAUCUACCAUCGAAUCUGGUGAUGACCCGUCUGAGUCCGCACGUCUGGAUGAGCCGAAUUGUCAUCAGCGUCGGCUUGAUCGGUACCUGUAUGACGGCGAUGAAAGCAGCAUGGAGCUUUUAUCUACUUCGUCUUCUUCUCGGAAUCGUCGAGGCUGGUCUCUGGCCUGGCAUGACAUACUAUCUCACUCUGUUCUACCCUCCAUCACGGAUCGGGAAGCGUAUUGGCCAAUACUUCACUGCAGCUCAAGUCUCCGCCGCGGUGGUUGGACUCGUCUCUGCAGGCUUCCAAAAAAUGGACGGUCUGCAAGGCUACGUCGGAUUCCAAUGGAUGUUCCUCAUUUACGGUAUCAUCACCAUUGCCCUAGGCUUCGCGCAGCUGUGGUGGCUCCCGGACCGACCUGUGGCUCCUGGUGCAGCGGCCCCGAAGCGUUCCCGAUUGCUGCGUUGGCUGCCUCAAAGUCGCCCGGCCUUGACUGGUCGCGACUCGGUCAUUCACUACCACGACAUGAAGCGCGUGUAUCACAAUUCCAAAUGGACUCUGCGGGAUCUGCUCCAUGUCUUUAUGGACUGGAGACUGUGGCCGCUGCUGGUCAUGUACUUUGGCGUGAUGGACCUCAUCGCCAUUCUCCUCGUCACCCCCUUUUCAGAUCGCUUCCACCGCCACCGCGCCCUCUUCUUCACCAUUCCCGUCUUACUACAAAUCCUUGGCCUCCUCCUAACCAGCUACGCCGGCUCCGAAGAAAACCCCUGGCCCCGAUACGGCGGCCUCCUCAUCGUCGGAUUCGGCCUCGGCCCCACCGUCCCAAUCACCAUGACCUGGACCGCGGAGAUCUUCCAGCCCGUCACGGGGAAUAUCCUAACCACGUACGCCCUCUACUCAGGCUGGAAAAGCGACUACGAGGCCCCCGGACGACAAAAGUAUCGCAAAAGUAACCUGGUCAUGAUUGGAAUCCUCAUCGCCAGCAUUCUCGCCGCAGUCCUGAUGCAGCUUCUCCUUCGCUUUGUCGAUGAUCAACAGACUCGCGGAGAAGUUGACGCGGAGGGUAACGUUGUGGACGGAGCCGCGCGUCGGGAAGCUCAACAGCGUGGAUUGCAGGGUUUGGGAGCGGGCGUGAGACGCUGGUUCCGACGUGACGACCCCGAGCGCAAGUGA